AUGGGUUUCACUGAGUGUGUAGCCUUCAAUGACAUUAGUCCUCAGGCUCCAACUCACUUUCUGGUGGUCCCCAAAAAGCCCAUUGUUCAGCUGGCGACAGCAGAUGACUCUGACGCUGCCCUGUUGGGCCAUUUGAUGAUUGUUGCAAAGAAGUGUGCAGAGAAGGUGGGCCUGUCGAAGGGCUUCAGGAUCGUCAUCAACGAUGGUGCGGACGGAGGUCAGUCAGUCUAUCAUCUCCAUGUCCAUGUUCUAGGAGGGCGCCAGUUGCGUUGGCCCCCCGGUUAAUCAGCUUCUCCCAUCAAAGCCGCCAGCCUUCUCACUCAUCAUCGUCCAGCCAGUAUUGAUUUACUUGUGACUUUUGCAGCUGUCAGUCUGUCAUGUGAAACAAGAGUCAGACAAAAACUGUAAGUUUGUCGUGGAAAUAAAAUGCACCUCAGAGCA